AUGGCGAAGAGUCACCAAGGAAUGUGUGUCGCCAAGAAUGAAGGCUCAAGAGUCGGGAGCAUUAGCUUGUCACGAGUUUAUCGCAUCGCGUACUUCAGUCGCGUGGAGUCUUCAACAAGACAACAUCUAAACUUUUUUGAGGGUUGGGCAGCCGCUGACCAAACCGAAGGCGCAAAAAGCGUUCCUCCCUUUCUCGAUUGCUCAGCCAACACGAAGGUCUAUCGACUAAUACACGAAAAGCUUCAUCGCCAACUUCAUUUUUGUAUCUCCUUGUCAGCAAACAGUUGGGCAGCCGCUGACCAAACCGAAGGCGCAAAAAGCGUUCCUCCCUUUCUCGAUUGCUCAGCCAACACGAAGGUCUAUCGACUAAUACACGAAAAGCUUCAUCGCCAACUUCAUUUUUGUAUCUCCUUGUCAGCAAACAAUUAUAACGAGUCAAGUCAUCCUAUCCUACCAGAUUUCCAGUUGAGACAUGGCCAGUUCGUCGAAAGACUCGGCCAGUUGUUUGGAAGGCUCGGUCAGUUUGUUGACCGCUGGUGUGGAAGGUAUGACCCUGGGACAAGGCACUGUCUUCAAGGUAAUGAGUAUGAAUGUUGGGUAUAAUAAAAAAGGCGACAAAACAGAAAAAGCACGCGCUGAAGAGAGAAUAAAAGAAGUGGUCGUCCUGCUGAAUAAUGAAAACCCCGAUCUUGUUUUUUUGCAAGAGUGUCCAAGGCCUAAAAUGCUCGCAGAAAAGCUCGCAAAAGAGCUCCCUCCCAAACCUUGGGAGGUUUGGGAGGGAGUGAAAGACAAUUGGGAUAGCUAUUCAUGCAUCAUUUCCAAUAAAGAUAAAAUAGAAGUCGAAGGACACGACUUUUACAAAAUUUAUCUUAAUCUUGGGAAAAAAGAGAUUUCGGGUGAAGGGCAAUUUCUUCAAAGGUUGUUUGUCAGACAGGUCAAAGGCGACGGGUCGUUGGUCGCUUCCUAUCACGGACGUCAAAAUGCAAUAGGGGGAAACGGGUCCCUAACAGAUGAGAAAAAGAAAACUAUUUUUAGGGAUUUACUAAAACUGCUAGAUGAAGUUUGCAAGAAAGCAAAAUGCCACGUUCUUAUUGGAGGUGACUUCAAUCUUAAGUAUGCGAUAGCUGAAACAGUAGUUACAGAAGUAGUUCAAGAAAGAUCAAACCAGUACAACCUGCACACAAAUGGCUACCAGAAUAAGCCAAGGAAAAAAAUGGUGGACUAUUUUAUGUAUAACGGUCCACAAGAAGAUGUCAGGAAUGUUCGAGUUGGGAAUGCGACUGACCUGUUUGAUCAUAAACCUCUUUAUGCAGAUUUUAAGCUAAAAUAAACCCGCCCAGAACAGACAUGGAAAGAAAGAACGUUAAACCAGCUUCUCCACCAGUGUAUGUUUAAGGUACCUCUAGCGAGACUGAUGGCAAUAAGGGGAAGAUCAUUAUUUACCGGGGGAUACACCUUGUUAUUGUAUAUUAUACUUAUAUUAUUGUAGACAAAAAUGUAUUGUAAAGUUUCCUUUUAAAACACAUCUACUUAAUCAAUUUUUAUAUAUAGUAAUAAAACAUCACUCAAACAA